AUUAUUAUGGACCAUAUUAAUCAUAUCAAUAAUUUUGAAUGUUUUAUUCGAAGAUCAAUUGGUUGCAAUGGCCGGACAUCGAUUGGUACGAAAAUUGAUUGGUAAAAAAAGUACACCAUAUCUAUUGAUGUUGAUGAAAUUGAAAAAACGAAAGAAAUAUAUGCCCAUACCGAUCCCGUUGCCGAUACCGGUGCCAUUAUUGCCGAUUGCAUUGGCAAAAUUAGCCAAAGAAUUGGACAAAGAAUCUGAAUAUUAUUUCGUCAAAGAUGGUGAUAUUCCACCACGAAAAGUGGUACGAAAAUAUGUUGAACAUCAUGAUGGUAAUAGCGAAGUUUUAUGGGAUAAUCAUCGAUAAAUUUUUUGAUGAAAUUGUUUUUCUUUUUUUAUUCAAUUAAUCAAUCAAUUUUUUGUUGUUGUUGUUGUUGUUGCCACACUCAAUCAAUAUUAUACCAAAUAUUUUGUAACCAAAAAAUGCCAAAAAAAAAAAAAAAAAAUUCAAA